AUGCACGCCAAACAAGUUCUUCUGGCCGCUGCCUUGGGCUUGGCCACAACCGUCUGCGCCGACCAAGAGAAGCCCAAAAUCUACUUCCCCCGUCACGUCAAGAGACAAUUUACAAACUCGACAAACACGCGACCCGAGACGUUCCCAGCACCUGAGAGCACGCCGUUCGAAUCGUCAACGUCGGACCCUUUCAGCUCUUCUUUUGGUGACUUUUUGACCCGCUUGACCGAUUCUCUCAACCCCAACCCUGCGUCAACAGUGGCUUCGACCACCGAACCACCUGUGCCGACCACCACGGUUGCCCCUACCGAGGUCAAUGAACCAGGAGCUGCCGAAUCCACCGUGUCCCUAUCGACUUCGACUCUUCCCGAUGGCAGGGUAACGACCAUCGUGAUUUCAAGCACGAUUAUUUUCGAUCCGACGACCGAGACUACGACAAGCGGCUCUAGUUCUACCGCUGGCUUGCCGCCUGUCAUUGUCCUGCCCACCAGCAGUGACACCUCAGCUGUUCCAACGAGCGAACCCCCGUCGUCAACCACUCAGCAAGCCGCGCCAACGGCGGCCGAGUCCAGUGUUCCGAACCAACCCUCGAGCGCUCCCGAGACCACUACCGCCUCUUCCGAUGUGGUCGAAUCGAUCCCUGCAUCUACGUCCGAGGCCAGCUCAGCUCAGCCUACCGAUGCCGCUCGUGGACCCAACGACACUGGGUCUAGCACUAUCGCAUCCUCCACCUCAGAAGCUGUUUCUAGUUCAAUUGCUCCUGUCACCACCGAGACUACCACUUCUAGCACCAACGUUGCCUCUACAAGCGAGGGCGCACCUACCAGUGAAGUGGUGCCCACAAGCGAGGCCGCACCUACGAGUUCGGUCGCACCUACCACUGAGGCUGUUUCCACAUCUGUGCCUGAGUCGAGCACCUCUGUUCCCUCGUCCGGAAUCCUCCUGGCUCCUUCCGGCGUCGUAACCCCGACUUCGAGCGCCGAAUCGAAGACGCCUGCCAGCGAGCCUGAGCGUACUUCGACUCCUGAGCAGGAAACCUCUAGCAGCGUUGCCGCUCCAAGCGUUGUUCCUGGCGUCAAUGUCACUGAGCCUGUCGCGUCAGCUUCUGACUUGCCUGUCUCGCUACCCGCCGAGACGACCACAUCUGUUGCCCAACAGUUGACGGCUACUGCUUCCUCCGAGACGACUGAAACUACCAAGCCCGCCAAUCCACUGGAGCCUAUCGUUUCCUUGAUCUCUAGCGAUCUUGUGCUCCCCACGAACAUCACCGAACCGAUUGUCAACGCUACUUCCGUUGAGGCACCUGUCGUCUCGUCAUCUGACAUUCCCAUUCCGACGCCCACUGCUCUCCCUGCUCCGACUGACCCUACCACGACGCUUCCGGUCCCGACUGAUCCUAUCGUAAACAUCACCUCAGCGGUUGAGGUUUCUACUGAUCCUACUACGUCUCUCCCGAUUCCCAGCGAUUCCGUUGUCAACAUUACGUCCUCGACGGAUAUCCCUGUGUCGCAACCCACGCCUCCACUUUCCUCUGAUGCUGUUGUCAACUCUACCGCUACGGAGCUUCCUGUGGACCAAACCAUCACCAGCGUUCCUGCGACGCUGACGGAUAGCACCUCGAUUCCCGUCCCCACUACGACAGAAACCGGCUCUGUUGAGCCAAUUCCCGUGAACUCCACAUCCACCGAGCCGCCAGUAACGUCCACUACGGAACUUCCGAACACCACCGAUGUCCCUACGUCUGUCACCUCUGUUGGCAACACUACGGAAUCUGAGACUGUGACCUCUAUCCCGACGCUUACUCCUUCUGUCCCGGCAACUACGAUCGCGAAUGAGACGGCUGUAACUACAGAGUCAUCUGUCCCAGUGACCUCUGUGCCCACUGCUACGGAGCUUCCUUUGACCACAUCAACUGCUAUUCCCGUGAACUCGACAGUGGUUCCCCCGGAAACCUCCGUGGAGAGUACGCCUACUGUUCCGCCUGCUACGACGACUCCUGUCGUCACUAGCGUCCCUGCCACUGCUACGAUCACUGACUCUCAAUCUUGGCUUCCCACUACCAUCAUCGUGGAGCAGUCUACGUCGCUCAGCACGCCUACCGAAGCCCUGGCCCCUACUACGACUGUCCCCUUACCGUCCGAUCUGCCCAAGGUUAUCAGCCCACCGGAUCCCAAUGUCCAGCAACCCAAGGAUACCAUGCUUCUGCAGAUUGGUUUCUUGCACGGCGAAAACUAUCACCAUGUCAGCAAGAACCCAAAUGCCGCCGCCCAGAUCUUUACCUGUCUUCCUAAGGCCCUAGCCGACGCUGCUGGGCUGGACAUCAGUCAGAUCCAGAUGACAAAGCUUGUGCCUUACGACACUUCUCAGACCCUUGGUUACAUCACUACUCUUGCUAAGUUCUACUACCCCAGAAGCAUGGUUGAUACGCUGCGCAUGGACAUCAAGAUUCCGAACUCUGCCAUCUACAACAACCCGGACCAGCUUGUCUACAACCUUACCCAGAACAUCAACCCCGCUAUCGAGAUCAUUCCUGGCAUGGAGGAUGACCCUAAUGCCACUGGCGGUGAUGGCGGUUCUUCUUCUGACAACCCUACCAACAAUAACGAUCCCUUCAACUCCGAUAGCAACCAACAGACCCCCAUGCAGAAGGGUACUGCGGCUGCCAUCGGUAUCGGCGCUGUUGGUGUUGCUGCUGCGUACGGUGCCGCCAUGUUCAUUAUUGCCCGCCGCUACAAGCAGAAGAAGCAAGGCCACCGCCGUGCAAGCUCGCUCACCUCAUCUGAGAUGCGUUACACUGGCAAUGGUAGCCCUGCUAUGAUGGGUGGUGCAUUGAUGAGCCGGGACUUCUCCAACUACGGCGGAGUUGCAGGCGGCCGAGAAAGCCACGGCAGUGGCCGGACAAACCGUAGCGGCAUGGGCAACUCGGCAAGGACCGCGUACAUCUCAGCACCAGUUGCUGCUGAGAACUCGCUCGGUUGGAACUGA